UUUUCGCUAGCCAAGGGUUUACAAUCCACUUUGCUCCUCUGAGCAGAUUGGAUUGUAAACCAGUCGCUCGCGAAGAUGCAGAAAAGAUUGCGCACCUAGUCUUUGUUUUUGAUUUAAUGACGCUACUGACGCUCCAUAAUCAGUCGUGAAACGAAAGUACUAGUACCCAAAGUGAACGAAGUCGUAAACCUGACUUUUUACUGAAAAAAAUAGAACAUCACUUGUUAACAUGGAAGGUCUGUCUAAUAUAGAUGCAUGGAAGUACUGUCUUAGAAAGUAUUUAUGUUUGGGGACAUUUGAAGGAUUGCUGAUCUCAAAUAACACCAGCAUUGACCUGGAAAAAUGUAUCGACAGCCUGAUAGUUGAAAAGCGUGGCUGCGAAGUUGUAGAGAUCCUCCAAAAGUUUCGCAGGGAGAACCGCACCCCGAAACGUGACGCCAUCUUAUUUGCCCUGGCAACUUGUUGCAGAUGCUGCCACCUUAAAACUAAGAAAAAGGCGUACAAGGCUCUACCCGACAUCUGUCAAAACCCCGCCGAUCUUUUCCAGUUCCUUAGCUUCUACAGAUCUCUAGGUGUGGGGAGUGGAUGGGGACGGGCACACCGCCGGGCUGUCGCAGAAUGGUACCUCGGCUACGAGAAGCAAGAUGGCCAGAAAAAAGAGGAAGACGAAAUGAAAAAGAUGGUGUACCACUUUUUUAAAUAUAAGUCACGUCAUGGAUGGAGUCACAAGGAUGUUUUUCGUCUUUGUCAUUUCAAAAAAGAAAAUCUGGAUAAAAAAGUGAUGGUGAAGUAUAUGGUUUUGGUCUUUACAAGUCCCAAAAAUGGCCGUGCUCGUGGUAAGGAGUGGUUAAAUGAAGUGAAAAAGUCAACUCCGGUAGAAAAUCACUGGAAGUUUGAUGAAUUGAAAAAUUUAGUUGAAGAGUACAGUAAAGCACAAAAAAGCAAAUCAAUGACUGUUAUAAUUGAUUUGAUUGAUAAAUACGACAUACCAAGAGAGGUGGUUCCUAGUGAAAUGCUGAACUACAAGAACGUCUGGAAGGCUCUUCUGCGCCAAAUGCCUUUCACUGCGCUCAUCAGGAAUCUCGGAAAAAUGUCAAACCUGGGUGUUUUUGAGAGAGGAAGUUUCGAGGAGAACUUAACCAUUCAAAAAUUAACAAACCCUGAAAGCAUUCAGAAUUCUAAAGUGCACCCAUUUACUUUGUUGGUGGCGUUAACUCAAUACAGGAAAGGUCGAGGUGAGCUUGGAUCCUUGAUUUGGGCUGUGAACCCGUAUAUAAGCCAGGCCCUAGAAGAUGCCUUCUAUUUGUCCUUUGAGUCCGUCAGUACUGUAGAAGAGAAAAGUUACCUGAUCGCCGUUGACCUCAAUGGGGCAAUGAAUGCUCCAGUGAUAGGAUCGCCAACGAUAUCGGCACUUGAUGCGGCUGCUGCUCUCGCCAUGGCAACCGUCAGGUGUGGUGACCAGUGUAGCGUGGUGGCGUUCUCUAGUAAGGAGGGGACUCCUCUACAGGGCGUGGAUGUGGGGGAGACGGACUCCCUACCGGACGUGCUCGAGAAGUUCGCCGUAAUCAGUCCAGGGAAAGUAGAUUGUUCACGUCUACUAAAGGAAGCCACGGAAGCCAAAAAUGGCGGAAGUAGUGUUCUGCCCGAAACAUCGUUUGAUGUUUUUAUCGUUUACACAGGUUUUAAGAUUGAUUUCUCCAAGGACGCUGCUGAUUUGUUACAGGAGUAUGACAAAAAUUCUCGCUUCGUUCUGUGCAGUUUGAGUAAUAGUUUGUUUCAAACGUCAUUAAAUCCGAAAUUGCUUGAAAUCGCUGGCUUUGAUUCCCAUACACCAAACAUUAUUAACGAAUUUGUACAAGGGAGUUUUGAAUGUUAACAAGCAUAUAUACAUCGCUGAAAAGAUUUGAACUUAUUUUGUAUAUAUUAAAACUUAUUACUUUUUCUUCAUAGUUGUUACAGAAUCUAUGAUUCUUGUUCAUUUGAAAGUGUGUAAAUCUGAUUAAAUUAGCUUGUUUGAUACGCUGCCGCUCUCAGAACAGCCGAUUUUAAUCAGAUUUGAAAAUGUGUGAUUUGUAUAUAUAUCUUUGAAUGUACACAUGUACAUGUAUCAAAAACUUGCGACAUACACUGUAGCCUAUAUACUUGCAAAUUGAUGGCAUGACUCUGAGUGCGAAUGUUGUUGUUUUUAACUGCUAUCAGUUUGAUUACUAGUAAUGCAAUGUAUCGUUUUGCGUUUGUGUGCGUUUUGUAAUUAUAUCAACUUAUUUACACAAUGUGAGUAGAAAUAUAAGAAAU